AUGACACUGUUCCUCCCUCUGGAGGACUCUGUGUCUAUACCGGCUACGCCCUCAUUUCUCACUGAGUCUUGGGACCCCAGGACGCAGCUUUCGAACGUAGUAAAGGCAAUACUGAAGGCUAGGCGGAUAGUAGUCAUUAGUGGCGCUGGAAUCUCUGUACAGGCAGGAAUCCCCGAUUUUCGCUCUCCGGAUGGGCUGUUCCAGUCUUUGAAACGAGAUAAUCCCCGGGACUCGCUGGUGUCAGGGAAGGAUCUGUUCGAUGCUUCGGUCUUUAAGUCUGAACACACUACAUCUCUCUUCUGCCAAAUGAUCGCCCGACUGUCAGAGCUUUCCAAGGCUGCCGAACCUACGCCGUUUCAUAGGUUGCUUCAAUCUCUCGACGAUACAGGAAAAUUACUACGUGUAUACACGCAAAAUAUCGACGCCAUCGAGACUAAAUGCGGCCUUUCAUUCGGAGUGCCCGAAUUCGAGGAGAAGAAGACGAGAUCCGCGUACAAACCAUCGCAUGUCGAACAACCAUGUAGCUCACGCCUUCCGACUCCUCCUAGAGAGACGCCGAGGUGUAUUCCUCUUCACGGGACUCUGCAGAUGAUCCAUUGUCAAAUAUGCAACCACUCCUUUCCUCUGGAUGACUAUGUUACUUCGCUUCUGGCUGGGGUACCUCCACAUUGUCCCGAAUGCACAGCUCUGGAACGAACACGAGAAGUCAUCGGAAAACGAUCCCGUGGAAUCGGCAAGCUUCGUCCGAGUGUUGUGUUGUACAACGAGGCACAUAAAGACGGUGAGGGCGUAGGUGAGGUCGUCCGGAGAGAUCUAGUAGGGUCAUCAAAGGGAAAGGGGCGUAGCGGCGCAGAUUUGUUACUGGUUGUCGGAACCAGCCUCAGGGUACCGGGGACGAAGAGGAUGGUGCGGGAGUUUUCCAAAGCAGUCCGUUGUAGGCAAUCAAGCCCAACGCCAAACACGGACGAAGAGCCAACAUUCAAGUCCAUAUACCUGAAUCUGGAUUUUCCGGUGCCAACAAGAGAAUGGGAAGGAGUGUUUGAUACCUGGAUACAGGGCGACGCGCAAGAAUUUGCCGAGCUGGUGCGGGAGGAACUGGAUAGAGAAGUCCAAGCGAAGGAAGCGAGCAAGAGGAAGAAGGAGGAGAAAAUGGCGAGUCCAAAAACUCCAUCGAAGAAGCGGAAAAACGAUUCUGAGCCCUCGACACCUAAGAAACGGCAAAAGACAGCGAAACCACCGACUCCCAAGUCGACUCCUCAGCGGAAACCCAGUCCACUGAUACCAACUACGCCUGUGACGCCUAUUAAAAAGAACAUCAUACUGCAGACACCGCCUCGUCAUGCUAAACAUGAAUCCAACGAGCCAUGGUUGCCAACCCCUGCUCCUCGUGGUGUGAAGGUCGCGCGAGUUCCUGUCUCUCACGAGAAGCGGGAAUACGAAGAGCAGUUGGCCUUAAGUCGGACAUCUGUUCUGCCUCGCGUAACAUUCGAACCUAACUUGGCGCAGUUGGGUAUAUCUUCGGCAGCACCUCACCCGUCACCUGAUCCUGGUGGGCAACAACUAGCAGGGGUGGUUAGGUGA